AUGGUUUCUGCAGAUUUAUCCUCAUUCCCAAAGCCACUCAAGCAGUCAGGCGCACUUGAGAAGUUCGCCUAUGAGGAGACGACUCCUGUCAUUGGGCGUGAAUUCGCAGACGUAAACAUCGUUGAUGACCUACUGAAUGCUCCUAAUGCCGAUGAAUUGAUUCGUGAUCUGGCAAUCACUAUCUCCGAACGUGGCGUUGUCUUCUUCCGCAAGCAGGACAAUCUCACAAACGCUCUGCAAAAACAACUGAACCACCGACUUGGUCAGUUGUCCGGCAAGCCAUCAGACUCAACUCUACACAUCCAUCCCGUGCUCAACAACAACAGCGAAUUUGGCGUCGAUGAUGCUGAGAUUAGCACGAUUAGCUCUUUGCAAAGGAAGGCUCUCUUCAAAGAGGGCGAGACUCGCAACAAGCGCCGUUACGAUGCCGCCCAAUGGCAUUCAGACAUCCAAUUCGAGCCUGUUCCAGCUGACUACACCUCGCUUCGUCUGACUCAGCUUCCAAAGUCUGGCGGUGACACUGUCUGGGCAUCUGGCUAUGAGAUCUACGAUCGUUUCUCACCAGCAUACCAAAAGUUCUUCGAAGGCUUGACUGCCACCUUUGUUGGUGACGGCUUCAUCAAGGCUGCAGCGGCCAACCCGGAUAAGGUCAAGAUCUACGAGAAAGAGCGUGGAAGUCCUAAGAAUGUGGGCAAAGAACUCACAGCAGUUCACCCUGUUGUCAGAACUAACCCUGUCACUGGCUGGAAGAGCAUCUUCGCUCUCGGACCUUUCCCAAAGUUUAUCAACGAGUUGAAUACAGAUGAGUCCGAGGAGUUGUUGAAGAAGUUCAGGGCCACCAUCACAGAGAAUCAUGACUUGCAAGUCCGUUUCAAGUGGAGAAACGAGAAUGACAUUGCUAUCUGGGACAACCGUUCAGCUUUCCACAGUGCCACUUUCGAUUACGAAGGACUGGGUGAGCGCUUUGGUAACCGUGCUGUUGGCAUUGGUGAGGUGCCUUAUCUGGACCCAAACAGUCAGUCAAGAACGGAGGCCCUUGCCAAGAACCAGCAGAUUCCAGAGACAAAAUCCGAAGGCAAGGUCGAGAAGUCUGAGACUCUUUCGGCUUAG